ACAUAAAGCGCAUCUCUCUCUCUCUCUCUAUCCACUGACACUGUCCUCUCUCAGUCCCACCACACACACACAUGGGUAACUGCAACAUCCGACUCCGCCACCACGCCGCCGCCGCCCAACCACCACCAGAAAAUCCGCCCCAUCCACCUCCCACGACCACCACCCACCACCGCCAGAUCUCCGGCACCGGCCGCAUCCUCGGCCGCCCGAUGGAAGAUGUCCGCUCCACCUACGUCUUCGGACGCGAGCUCGGGCGCGGCCAGUUCGGCGUGACCUAUCUCGUCACACACAAGACCACCGGAGACAAGUUCGCUUGCAAGUCAAUCGCCACUCGCAAGCUCGUCAACAAGGACGACAUCGAAGACGUUCGUCGCGAGGUCCAGAUCAUGUACCAUCUCACUGGUCACCGCAACAUUGUGGAGCUCAAAGGUGCGUAUGAGGAUCGUCACUCGGUUAAUUUGAUCAUGGAGCUCUGUGCUGGUGGUGAGCUGUUUGAUCGGAUUCUUGCCAAGGGACAUUACUCUGAGCGCGCUGCUGCGGAGAUCUGUCGGCAGGUCGUGACUGUAGUGCAUAAUUGUCAUUCAAUGGGAGUGAUGCAUAGGGAUUUGAAGCCUGAGAAUUUCUUGUUCUUGAGUAGUGAUGAAGAUUCGCCUUUGAAAGCCACCGAUUUUGGGCUCUCGGUGUUCUUCAAACCAGGAGAUGUAUUUAGAGACCUUGUUGGCAGUUCAUAUUAUGUAGCUCCUGAAGUGUUGCGUCGAGAUUAUGGAGCUGAAGCUGAUAUUUGGAGUGCUGGGGUGAUAUUAUACGUAUUACUUAGUGGAGUCCCACCUUUUUGGGGAGAUAAUGAGAAAGGUGUUUUUGAUGCUGUUCUACGUGGACACAUUGAUUUUUUGUCUGAUCCUUGGCCGUCCAUAUCCAAUAGUGCCAAAGACCUUGUUAAGAAGAUGCUUCGGGCUGAUCCAAAAGAAAGGCUUUCCGCAACUGAAGUAUUAAAUCAUCCAUGGAUGAGAGAAGAUGGGGAAGCAUCUGAUAAGCCUCUUGAUAUUGCUGUCUUAACUAGAAUGAAGCAAUUCCGUGCAAUGAACAAACUCAAAAAAGUAGCUCUGAAGGUAAUUGCAGAAAAUCUUUCUGAAGAAGAAAUUGUUGGCUUGAAGGAAAUGUUCAAAUCCAUGGACACGGAUAACAGUGGAACAAUUACUUUUGAAGAACUGAAAGCUGGUCUUCCAAAACUGGGUACCAAGCUAUCAGAGUCAGAAGUGAUGCAGUUGAUGGAAUCGGCUGACGUGGAUGGAAAUGGAACAAUUGAUUACAUUGAGUUUAUAACAGCUACGAUGCACAUGAAUAGAAUGGAAAGAGAAGACCACUUGUACACUGCCUUUGAAUAUUUUGACAAGGACAAAAGCGGGUACAUCACAACGGAAGAAUUGGAGCACGCCCUGAAGAAGUAUAAUAUGGGUGAUGAGAAGACGAUUAAGGAUAUUAUUACAGAAGUUGACACAGACCAUGAUGGAAGAAUUAACUAUGAUGAGUUUGUUGCCAUGAUGAGAAAAGGCAAUCCAGAGUUGGUCACAAACAGACUUCGCAGAUGAGAUUGAUCCAAACAUUAUUCAUAUCUUAUUCCAUCUUCCCGAGUUCAUUUGUUGGUUUAACCACAUCAUUUUGCAGCUGAGAUCGCAAUCUAACCUCAUUUGAACCUGGAAUCAAGAGAGUUCUUGCUUUGUGUACUGGUUUUUUGUUUGUCUACACCUAGCUUUACAUGGAGAAAUGAGCUAGAUUGGCAUCUCUUUGCUGAACAAGUAUAUCUAGCCAUCUCUCUUUCUUAGCCAAUAUGUUAUGCAACUGGAAAACCCGAAAGUAAUUAUCAUAUACAAUUUUCAAUGUCAUUUCUUGCCAAUUGUAACCAAUACAUUUCAUGUAUGAUCCUCCCGUACCACCAUAGUCAAGCUUUGUUAUAGGUUUUUUUGAGAAAAGAGCUUUGUUAUAGUUAUUGCAGUUAUAGCA